AUGUGUUAUCGCACAUAUGUAUUCCCAAGCCGAGUUGCUGUGGAGAUGUUCGAUCCUUCUCCUGAGGUACAGAAGAAGAAAUAUGCCUUUAAGUGUCAUAGGCUAAAAGAGGGUGAUCGAGAAUUGAUCCAUCCAGUUACUGCUAUUGCCUUUCAUCAGGGCUACAAUACCUUCGCAACAGGUAACCUUCUUACAUUGACGUAUUAUUACUUCGCCUUUUGUCGAUACCUUAUUUUUUGCAUUCCUUCCUGGGUAUCUUAUUCUAAUAUUGUGCAUAUCGGCCUAAAUUGA